AUGCGAGCUUCCAGGUGGAUAUGGAUUGCAGCCACAUUCCUCACUUCGACGGUGCACUCGAUAGAGACGGUACCCUUCACCCCCGCCGAAGAAGCCACAGCCGACAAACGAGCCUUUGAAAUUUUGCAAAUCCUCAAGCGAGCAGACAACAACUGCCCAGGCGGCUUCAAUCCCUGUCGGGAACUGGGCAACGCCAACGCCUGCUGUAAGGAAGGCACAAAGUGCUCUGUCGAUGCAGCCAACAACAUCGCCUGCUGCGCGAUUGGCGCAAGCUGCACCGGCAGUCUGACCGGCACCAAGACGACCGGCACGGGUACCAGUUUCAUGUUCCCCAACACGGCAACUGCGACCGCCACUACCGAUGGCGGAGCUGCGUCCAUCACGGGAUCGACGCUGGACGGUGCUUACCCAUUUGUGGUCGUGCCGACGGCUUUUAGGAGCCCGGAGUCUUGUUCGUCCUACUACUCUCUGUGUCAAUCUGAGUACCACCAAUGCACGGGGGCCCUCUUGGGCCGCUACGGGGUCACGAUUGGCGGUCAGGGAGGGGGCAAGACGGUCCAGGCUGUCACCGCUGCGGCGCAGGCAACUUCAAUUUGUUCCAGCUUGAGUGCGGAGGCUUGCCAUGGUUUAUACUUGGGCUAUUGCUCUAGUGUUGCGACCCAGACUGCCGAUGCGGAUGCUGAUGGGAAUGAUGCCUCGCCUGGGCGGAUAUCGAGUCUACAUGACUUGGUUCUCGGGCUGGCAAUUGGGGUAGCAGGAUUUGUUAUAUGA